CUCGUCUGCCUCAGAGCAGAACAACACCACCACAGAGUCAAUACACUUUAUUGAAUGCGCCUGUCUCAAUCGAUUUGACUCGACUUGACUCGACAAUAUGAAGGCCGCCAUUGCUGUGCCAGUGACACUGGUCAUGGCGUACCGAGCUUGGUCGCACAAGUCUCUUACACCGGCGGGAAUCGUCGCUGCUAUAUUUACAGCUGUUGCGCAUGCGGUCCAUCCGUGGAAUCUGCCUUUUGCUCUUCUCAUAGUAUUCUUCUUGGCUGGUACCAGGGUCACAAAGGUCAAGCACGAUGUCAAGGCCAGACUUACGAUGCAAGCAUCUGGCAACCCUGGCGGUGAAGGAGCGAGGACACAUAUUCAAGUACUUGCCAACUCCGGCGUAGCUUCGAUCCUCAGUCUCCUCCACACAUACCAACUUUACCAGCGAGAACAAGGCGUCCUUCCUAGCAGCGGUUCUAUACCAGGCUGUUAUCCAUGGGGUGGUGAUCUCCUGGUCAUUGGAAUAGUAGCAAAUUACGCGGCGGUAGCUGCAGAUACAUUUAGUUCAGAGCUCGGAAUCCUAUCAAAGACUCGACCGCGGCUUAUCACUUCUUUGAAGCUGCGAGAGGUCCCACCGGGAACAAACGGAGGCGUCACUAUCUGGGGCCUUGCGUCCGGAUUUCUGGGAUCCCUUAUCAUCGUUGCCGCCUCGAUGGCACUCAUUCCUUUCUGUCUCCCAAAGUCACCGGUGACGGGAUUGCGGGAUAUAAGUGGGUGGGGAUUCAAUCAGCGGCAAAGAUUCGCGCUUGCGAUGGCGUUUUGGGGAACACUGGGGAGUCUCCUUGAUAGUUUCUUGGGUGGCUGGUUACAAUCAAGUGUUGUGGACACGCGAACCGGCCGAAUAAUUGAAGGUGAAGGAGGCAAACAAGUCCUAGUCUCUAAAGCGGGACCAAACACCAUGCACUACAGGAAACGGGCAGAGAUUAAAGAAAACAUCUUACACUCUGAAGGCAAAAGCUCGGUAGAAAAGCAGGCCCAGAGCAACGAAAUUGAGGAAUAUCUCGAUAAGAAAAUGGGUGGGUUAAAAUCUGACGCGAAGAAGACCCGAAGCCCCAGCUUUGGGGAUGAGAAACCGGGUCGAAGAGUGGAGAGCGGUUCCCUGGGUUUGCUCGAUAACAAUCAAGUCAACUUUCUGAUGGCGUUUACAAUGAGUCUUGGAGCAAUGGGAGUUGCGAGUUGGUUCUGGGAAAUUCCAUACAGCAGUAUAUUGCCCGCAUAAUACGAUUCUAAUGGGAUAUUUUCUACAAAGGGGAGAGGACGAGUUAAAUCUUCUAUAUCUGGCUCAAAAACGAAUCAAACCUUCCCCCCAAAAAGAUUCCACAAGUG